GUGGUGGUCGGGGGCAUGUUUCCCGUUCACAGGCGCUUGGCCUCCGUCGAUGGCAACACGUCAAGGGUGCCGGUGUCCUCGGGGUGUGAGGGCUUUAACUUCCGUACCUUCCGCUGGACCCAGACCAUGCUGUUCGCCAUCGACGAAAUCAACCGGGCGCCGGACCUGCUGCCCAACACCGACCUGGGCUACGUCAUCUACGACUCCUGCUUCACCAUCUCCAAGGCGGUGGAGGGCACCCUCACCUACCUGACGGGCCAAGACGAGGCCGUGCCCAACUACCGCUGCGGGACGGGGGCGCCUCUGGCUGCUCUGGUGGGCGCCGGGGGCUCCGACCUGUCCAUCGCCACGGCGAGGAUACUUGGACUUUAUCACUUCCCGCAGGUCAGCUAUUCGUCCACCUGCUCCGCCCUGGAAAGCAAGUUCCAGUUCCCCACCUUCCUGCGGACCAUUCCCAACGACGUCCACCAGGCCGCGGCCAUGGCCCAGCUGGUGCUGCACUUCGGCUGGACUUGGGUGGGCACCAUAGCUGCCGAUGACGACUACGGCAAGUACGGCAUCAAAGCCUUCAAGGAGCAGGUGGAGGAAGCUGGUGUCUGCAUCUCCUUCUCUGAGACCUUGCCCAAGGUGAGUUCACCUGAGGACAUGCAGCGUAUUGCUAAAACUGUAGCGCAGGCCACGGCCAAGAUCAUUGUGGUCUUCUCGUCGGACGUGGACCUCAGUCCUCUCGUCCUAGAGCUGCUCCGGCACAACGUGACCGACCGCACCUGGAUCGCCAGCGAGGCCUGGGUCACCUCCGCUCUCAUCAACCAGGCCGGGGUGAACUCGGUGCUCGGCGGUACCCUGGGGUUUGGGGUCAAAAGGGCGGACAUUCCGGGUCUUCAGCGCCACCUGCUGGACGUGGACCCCUACGCUAACGGGCUCACGGAGGAAUUCUGGGAGACGUUGUUUAACUGCACAUUGGACUCCAGCAAAGCGGCGGUGCUGACCAAGCAGAGGGCCGUGGGGGCCAACGACACGCUGCCCAGGUCGGUGCGGGCGGCUCCCGACGGGCUGUGCACGGGCAGCGAGUCUGUGGGGCAGCUCGGUAACACCUACUCUGAUGUUUCCCAGCUACGAAUCACUUACAGUGUGUACAAAGCUGUGUACGCUGUGGCCCACGCUUUGCACAACCUGGAGCACUGUGUGGACGGACAGGGGCCAUUCGUGGGGAAGAGCUGCGCUGACAUCACCCAGUUUGAGCCAUGGCAGCUGAUGUACUACGUGAAGAACGUGCGCUUCAAAGUGCCGCACACGGGCGAAGAGAUCUACUUCACGGAAGGAGAUGUGGAGGGUUUCUAUGACAUCAUCAACUGGCAGGUCAAAAGCAACGGGGAGAUGUCCUACGUCACCGUGGGAAGCUACAAUGGCUCAGCAGCUCCAGAGGACAGGAUGAAGAUCACCAAUGACUCCAUCGUGUGGAACAAUCAAGAGCUCGCGACUCCUCGGUCAGUGUGCAGUGAGAACUGCCAGCCGGGCACCAGGAAGGGAAUCCGACAGGGAGAGCCAGUCUGCUGCUUCGACUGCAUCCCGUGUGCUGAUGGAGAGAUCAGCAACUCGACCAAUGCUCGUGCAUGUAUCGUGUGCAGCUAUGAAGAGUGGUCCAACGAAGCUCACGAUACCUGCGUCUCAAAAAUCAUCGAGUUCCUCGCCUUCGGCGAGCCGCUGGGCAUCACUCUCAUCGCCAUCUCUGCCUUCGGAGCUCUGGCCACCAUCGGUGUCGGGGUGGUGUUUGUUGCACACAUCGGCACCCCUCUGGUGAAGGCCAAUGAUGCUCUGUUGAGUUUCUCCCUGCUCUUCUCGCUGGUGGUGACCUUCCUCUGCUCCAUCGUCUUCCUCGGAAAACCCCAGCACUGGAGCUGCAUGACCAGUCAGGUGGCCCUGGCUCUGGGCUUUGCCCUCUGCCUCUCCUCCAUCAUGGGCAAGACAGCGGUGCUGAUGCUGAGGGCCCGGGCCCUGAAAGCGGAACGGACCAGAGCCAGAGCGGCGGCCAAAGCCGCCAAGUCGGCCGCUGCCGAAGCCGCGCAAGCAGCGGCCGACGGCGGCAGCCCCGACGUCAUCGCCGCCAACGCCGCUCACCGCGCCGAGGCCAAAGACGGCGCUCUCUCUGAAGUUGACAGUCUCACCUGCGGCCACCAGAGGGCGAUAGCUGCCGUGGCAACUUUGAUACAGGCUGUGGCUUGCACGGUGUGGCUCGUCAUCGUCCCGCCGCACCCCGUCGAAAACACCUCCACCCAGAACAUAAAGAUCAUCCUGGAGUGCGACGAGGGCUCCGUGGUAUUCAUCUGUUGCAUCUUCGCUUAUGACAUCCUGCUGGCUCUGCUGGCCUUCGUCUUCGCUUUCAUAGCACGCAAGCUGGAGGACCACUUCGGCGAGGCCAAGUGCGUGACCUUCGGCAUGCUCGUCUUCUUCAUCGUGUGGAUCUCCUUCGUGCCGGCGUACCUCAGCACGCGUGGCAAGUUCAUGGUGGCCGUCCAGAUCUUCGCCAUCCUGGCCUCCAGCUUCGGCCUGCUGACCUGCAUUUUCUUGCCCAAGUGUUACAUUCUUUUGGUCAAACCCGAGCGCAACAGAGAGGAGAUGAUGAGGCCCCGCAGCAAAGCACGCGACGGCACCUCCACCGGCACCUCGGCCUCGCUCGCUACCAACGCCACUGAGGUCCACGCUACCACUGCAUCCACCAAUAUUGAUGAUUAGUGGCAUUAAGCAUCAAAACAGAGCCACAGUACCUAAAACAAUUCCCUGGUUCAUUGGGCAAGUGGUCCAGCUGAUGUUCCCUGGUCCUGUUAGUCACAUAUAUUUAACUCCAUCAUGAACAGAAUACAAUUUAUUUUAUAAGUAUAAACUUUACACAGUUGUGCAAAGCAAAGCAUUAGGAUGUAGUAGAUCUGAUUUCAAGAAGCAAAAACGAUGAAGGAAAAAUGCUCCCUCAGCGAUUACUUGGUGUCUAAAGGAAAAUGAUUUAACAAUACUGAGGUUUCCGGCUAAUGUCAAACGCAGCAUAUUUUUUAACACAUAAUAUAGACCUUACUUUCUUUUCCAUGGUGUCUUUGAGUUAUGCUAGAAUCGAUUCUUACUAUGAAAAUGUUGUUUCGGAUAUGUAGCAAGUUUAUAAUACAGUCAAUAUUUUAUCUUAGAUAUUGUAGUGCUGCACUAAUGCAUUUGAAACAAGUUUCACAACUUCAAAUAACACAAGAUUCAGUUGAUCUUCUCAUUCAAAUAUUUGAAUAACUCCCAGUUAGAAUAAUAACAUGUGUUACGAACUGGUGUAACUUUCUUGGAAUAAUAAAUGUCUUAAAAUCUUAGACAUUAUUUUAGUUCCCUAUAUGUGUUUUUCUUGUUGAAGCAAUAAGUAGAUUUUAUGCUCAUUUUUUGGCACUACUGUUACUGACGGUGAAAUAUUUGUAAUAAUUCGGUCAAUAAAUUACUGUGAACUGAA